AUGACGCCCAUGAAGGGGGAGUUCUCUGAGACCCCCCUGCCUCUCCCCAACCACCCAGCCAUGGAGGUGUCUCUAGCUAUUUUUUGUCUGUUCGCUGCUUAUGUAAGGUCUCCUGUCUCACACUGAUUCUCCCCAUAGGAGAGGACAAAUACAUGUAGAUGCAAAUGAGCUGCCAGGGCCUGGAGCCAGAAUAAGAUGCUCUCUCUGGUCCCAUUGUCCCACAACCAUGUCAAAAAACACAUGUAUUUGAUACAGUUAUCCUCCCGAGCAGGGUUCAGUAGCUUCAUAACACAUUCAUAACCCAUACAUACAGCAUUUAUAAGCAGUACAUAAGAAGUUGAUAUUUUAGCUGUGUUUAGGAGCGCAAAAAUACUCUUACAUAAUAGUAUGUUUUCUGAACUCCGACAAGAUCAGUGAAUCAGUCUGCAGAACUAUUUGCUAAGUGUGCGUGUGCGUGUGUCUGUGUGUGUAUGCGUGCAUGCUUGUGUGUGUGUGUGUGUGUGUGUGUGUGUUUGCGUGCGCAUAACCUCCCGAGUGGCGCAGUGGUCUAAGGCACUGCAUCGCAGUGCUAGCUGUGCCACUAGAGAUCCUGGUUCGAAUCCAGGCUCUUCUGUAACCGGGAGACCAAUGGGGCGGCGCACAAUUGGCCCAGCGUCGUCCAGGGUAGGGGAGGGAAUGGCCGGCAGGGAGGUAGCUCAGUUGGUAGAGCAUGGCGUUUGCAAUGCAAAAAAAAAUAAAAAAUAAUAGAAUAAUGUAUGCACUAACUGUAAGUCGCUCUGGAUAAGAGCGUCUGCUAAAUGACGUAAAUGUAAAAUGUAAAACAUACAGUUGAAUGACCCUGUCUAGACAAAUAGAUUCAUUAUGGUCAAGGUCACUCCAGAAUUGAACAUCGUCCUGCCAGGUGCAAUGUGAUGGAUUCAGAGGCUUUAGUUUAAGCCCAUUGCCAGUCUGACUGAGCUUCUGACACAUUAUGUCCCUGUAUUACCACCACAGUAACCAGUACCAACUUGUGUCAUCAUAGCCCAUUAAGAGAUACUACUCUUAUCUAAUCAAUUAAUCUGCAAUUAUCACAAUUGAGUUGACCAGUAGCAGCAAAUAGGUUAUAAAACAAAUUGAAUGAGUAUACUCUUUCAUCUAGAGCUGCAUAUAGGCUGUGUUUACACAGGGGGGUAAAAUAUAUAUAAUAUCAGAAUUGGUCUGCCUGUGUGAACGCAGCCUAAUCAUUAGGAGCACAACAUAUUUUACUGGGCGAGAUGCCAGGGCUUCUCCUAGAAUUUUCCAUAGUUCCACAUGUUUUGGAAGAAGCAAUCUCUCGUGCACAGACUAUCUUAACAUUUGUCGAAGGGAAGGAUGCGAUGAGUAACGAGCAACAGUAGUUCCGGUGCUUUGGUUUUCCAUCACUGGUUAUUUCGACGUAUCAGGUUUGGGUGGUGCUUAAUUUGGGCGUGGGGGUUUCAAGAAAUGAAAGGGGCAUCUGACACAAUUACAUAAUAUUUUAGUUCUGCGUUUCUGAGAUUAGGGAAGAAUACAAUUUUAUUUUGUCAGAUUUCUGCACAUCUAACAUUAAUUCAAAUAAAGCAUAGUAUGAAAUUCCAUGAAGAUGAAACAAAUGUACUCCCCCAAAAAACUAUUUGAGAGAGCUUAGAGAGAAGCUUAGAGAGAGUGAGCUGGGUAGAGAACACAUUGUGACAACGCAAUCGUCCUUGAGAGUAGAGUUAGGUUAUCCCACGGCUCAUCCAAAAUCAUACACAAUGAACAUGGCAUGCACACACACACACACACACACACACACACACACACACACACACACACACACACACACACACACACACACACACACACACACAGCAUCUGUUGGGUUUUCAUCAGGAUAAUCAGCUGUCUGGAUUCCCCUCCAUAGACCAAAUCUGGCACAGUACUAAAGUCAACCUCAACCUACAGGGAGCAAUAAUUAAAGGUAUGUUAAUGACUGUAAUAACCAUAUCAGUGUACUCCUUUCAUAUCCCAGCAAGGCAAACUGUCUAAUUCAAUGUCCUCCUGUAGCUCAGUUGGUAGAGCAUGGUGCUUGCAACGCAAGGGUUGUGGGUUCGUUUCCCACGGGGGGCCAGUAUGAAAAAUGUAUGCACUCACUAAUUGGAAGUCGCUCUGGAUAAGAGCAUCUGCUAAAUGACUCAAAUGUAAAAUGUAGAUGAUAAGUCCUGAAUCCUGAUCGAUGUAAAUCCCCUGUAAUACCUACUCCUGCCACUAGCUGUUUAGCAUUCUUUAUAACUAAUGAUUUACUAAAUACUAUACACAAGUUUUUACUGAACCCAUACCUUUCUACUCAAUAAUCAAACAUCAAAUGUUUUGGAAAUGUGUCUGUACCUUGGAAUCCUGUAGAUUUGUUCAGUUCCUUAGUAACCCUCAUGUAAGAGUGCAUCAUAUAAUGUUAUGUAACCUAAUGUUACUCAUUGACUGGUUUUACCUUGAACUCAGGGCAUCAACACUAUCUAGUCAAAAUAUGGUUGUGUGCUAUGUGCACACCUCUCUCUCACGCAAAGUCCAUGCUAUGUGUGGUUGGGAGCCAGAUGUGUCUGAAGAAAUGUGGAGGUGUUAGCAGAAUGAAAGGUCAAGGGUCACAGACAACCAGCUGACUAGGAUGAUGGUGGCAUAUGGUGACGGACACCAGACAUUUACCCAGAGAUGUCCCCACCAACCCACCUUUGGCCACCUGAAUUAAUAUUGUUUUGCCCCAUUUCACAAAUAACAGCAAUUAAUAAUCCUAUGCUGUAAUAAACAACCCAUUAGUGAUAUUGCUUAAACUGAUAUCAAAUAAGUUAGACAUAUUUACUUAAUAUUUGUUAGUGAGUAUUGUAGUAAGGUCAUUUCCGAUUUGUUAAACAAAUGUACUUUCACUAUGAACAUGACUUCAAAUAGGUAAAAGAACAUUGGGAAACCCUGUAACUAUUUGCUUGUACCCUUGUCACAUCGAACCUUUGCAUCCCACGAGGACGUGGGAGACAUCUCCAUGUGACUCGGCACGUUUUUUUCUCCAGGAAUCCAAGAAUAUAUCCCACACUAUCUCCCACCUCAAAAUCAACCAAUGAAAAGGUUCCACACACAAGGUUGAGUGGCACUAUCUCACUCCCUCAUGCUAUCUCUUAACUCUAUCUAUCGUUGCCAGCUUUGAUUAUUUCUAAACUCUCCACCAGACUGCACCUGCCAGACCUGUUUGUGGAUCAUGCAUACCAAAGGAAGUACAGAAUGGUAAAUGUUAUUUUUCUUCAUAUUUCACACAUCAGACAAUAUUUCCAGUUAAAUUGAUUGGUUUACUAAGCAUAAGCACAACUUUGAUGCAGGGAUGACAGUGAAUACACACAUUUCGAUUUGUUUCCCAUAAAUUAUUAAACAAAAAUGGAAUUGUUACAUAUAUUCAAUAUGUUUCUUUAAAACAAACAUACUAGCAGUUAUAAAGGCUUUAUGAGGGACUUACUAAGGAACAUUUGAAAAUUUGAAUCUGAGAGGAAUAAACAGUCACAGAGAGACAUAGACUGCAGGUUAGCAGGAUAUGAUAUUUAUUAUUCAGUCUUGCUUUUGAAUACACACACAUUCCGAGGGGGCCUAUAUCAGAACAACUUACAAGUCAGGUCACAUGCUGUGCACUCAAUGAAUCCAAGAGGCUAAAUCGGAUUUCAAUUGGAAACAGGCUAUGUUAAAAUACCACUCAGGGGUUGACAAUCUGUGGAACAAUUGCUUUGAAUAUGUUUCCUCAGGUCAGGCACCCCAUUUCAGAAGAGCAGUGAGAUCUCCUCACUUAUUUCAGUCAUUCCUCCCAUGCCUCCAUUGGUUUAUUAGUUGGAGUUAUUCCUGUUUGAUCAUAAUGAAGGAAAACUAAACUGUUCGCUAUUCGGAUUUGUUGCGUUGUAACUUGUAAUAAGGUGUGCACUUCUAAUUUGAUAUUUAUACAUAAAAAGACAACAUCCAUAAAGUUUGUGUGAAAUGUAAUAGGUAUUUUCUCUUACUUUGAUUUUAUGUCCCCCGUCAAAAGAUAAUAUUUUAUAACACCAUAGAACCUUUACCAAGGCUUCUUAUAAGUUGUCUUACACAAUAUAACCUUAGGUAUAUACUUUGGAUAUACAGUGCCUUCAGAAAGUAUUCACACCCCUCAACUUUUUCCACAUUUUGUUGUGUUACAGCCUGAAUUUAAAAUAGAUUAAAUUGAGAGUUUAUGUCACUGGUCUACACACAAUAUCCCAUAUUGUCAAAGUGAAAUUGUGUUUUUAGACAUUUUUACUUGAGUCAAUAAGUAUUCAACCCCUUUGUUAUGGCAAGCCUAAAUAAGUUCAGGAGUAAAAAUGUGCUUAGUUGAAUGGACUCACUCUGUGUGUAAUACUAGCGUUUAACAUGAUUUUUGAAUGACUACCUUAUCUCUGUACCCGACACAUACAAUUAUCUGUAAGGUCCCUCAGUCGAGCAGUGAAUUUCAAACACAGAUUCAACCACAAAGACCAGGGAAGUUUUCCAAUGCCUCGCAAAGAAGGGCACCUAUUGGUGGAUGGUGUAUCAAUACACCCAGUCACUACAAAGAUACAAGAGUCCUUCCUAAGUUGCCGGAGAGGAAGGAAACCACUCAGGGAUUUCACCAUGAGGCCAGUGGUGACAUUAAAAUAGUUACAGAGUUUAAUGGCUGUGAUAGGAGAAAACUGAGGAUAGAUCAACAACAUUGUAGUUAUUCCACAAUACUAACCUAACUGACAGAGAGAAAAGAAGGAAGCCUAUACAGAAUAUAAAUAUUCCAAAACAUGCAUCCUGUUUGCAACAAGGCACUAAAGUUAUACUGCAAAAAAAAUUGCUAAGCAAUUCACUGUUCAAAGCUCUUAGAGAUUUACCCAGAAAGACUCACAGCUGUAAUCACUGCUAAAGGUGCUUCUAUAAGGUAUUGACUCAAAUCAAAUCAAAUGUUAUUUUUCACAUGCGCCGAAUACAACAGGUGUAGACCUUACCGUGAAAUGCUUACUUACAAGCCCUUAACAAACAAUGCAGUUCAAGAAAUAGAGUUAAGAAAAUAUUUACUAAAUAAGCUAAAGUAAAAAAUAAAAAGUAACACAAUAAAAUAACAAUAACGAGGCUAUAUACAGAGGGCACCGGUACCGAAUCAAUGUGCGAGGGUACAGGUUAGUCAAGGUAAUUUUUUUUGGGGAGUAAAGUACUAGCAGAUACAAAGAGGAGCACAGUGUAAAAACAAAGGGGGGGGGGGGGGUUAUGAUUAAUUCAAUCAAUCUUAUUUUUGGGUAGAGCUGUUACGAAUAAGACUGGGUGACCUACUGGAAUCGUUCUUCAGCCUUAGACAGAGAACGAUAUGACUUGGUAAUGGAGUCUUUGACUUUUUGGACCUCAUCUAGGAUGAAAAAUAUAGUAAAUGAAAUUUUUAUUAAUUUCAAUAAUUUAAAGUUCCUUCUCAAUAAGCAUACUGGCUUACGAGUUAAAGCGAUUCGUGAUGAGUCUACAUUUGUCAAGGUAUUUGGUCAUGGGAGGUAAAAUACUAUGGCUAAAAAAACCAGCUUACCAUUGGCACAAGGCAUUGGGUAAUGUGUAGAUGGUUAAGGUUGGUUUUGGCAAUUUUUAAGUUCAGGCUGAAACUAAUGUGUGGAUAAGAAGGGGUAUAAGAGACUUCUGAAGGCACUAACAUAGUUGCGUCAUUUUUCGAUGAUAAAGAAUAUUGUUCCUAGAAGGAUACAGUCAGUAUCUUCUUCAUCUAUUGCAAGUGUGUUUUAGUUCUAUCUAACCAAUUAUAAAGUUGAGCAAUACCUUACUCCAUUGCCCAAUUCACUUAAUUGCCCAAUUCAAAAUUAACUGCUUGUCACUACCACCUAGGGACUUGUUCUGAAAGGGAUAUAGAAGGUGUUACCAAUAUGGCAAAAGAAGAUUCACAUAGUCUAUCAGAAGGUAAGGUGGAACUAUUACCAUAUUGCUCAUACCUAAUCCUUUCAUAUCCACAUUACAUUUUGAGUGGUAGUGACAAGGGGUUAAUUUGGAAUUAAGCCUCUGUCUCUACAUCAGGGGUAGGCAACUAGAUUCAGCCGCGGGCCAUUUUUAUCGGAGCGGAUGGUUGGGGGGCCAGAACAUAAUUAAAAUAAUUUAUGCACUGCAAAUUGACCACAACUAAGCCCAAAACUAGAUUUGUAUUUGAAAAUAACAAUCAUUUCAUGCCUUGAUUACAUGGAAGACACGAUCACGUCUCUUUUUUUAUUUGUGGGAAUGCUUGGGAACAGAUUUCCUAAAUUAAACACAUUUUUUGCUGAAUUCCUGGUGAUUUUUUUACCAAAAAGUAAAAUCCCCCCCAAAAAACACAUUUGCGGGCCGGUUUUGGCCCGUGGGCCACCUGUUGCCAACCCCUGCUCUACAUGGUGUGUAGUCAGGCAGUCCAUUUAAAAAUAAUGACAUGAGUGUCAUCUCUCCUAGCUGUUGCUCUUUUGAAGACUACAAUCAGACGACAGAAUGGCUUCUGAGCCGGACGAGACACAGGCCUAAGAUCGCAGUUGUGUGUGGCUCUGGCCUGGGCCUUCUCGCCGACGGUGUUACCAACAAACAGACCUUCCCUUACGCAGAUAUCCCCAACUUCCCCGUCAGCACAGGUGAGAUGACGUCACUGUCACAAACAUAUAAUGUGUCAUGAUAAUAUUGAUAUGAGACUAAUUAUAGUAUAAUGUAGUCUCUACCCAGCAAACAGGUGAACCUGUGUAGUGCUCUUAAUUAUGCCUGCACAGCUGAGGAAUUUACAUUUUCCUCAAUGAUUCCGCUGACACACCAUUGCAGCUAAGUAGUUUAUUAUUUACAUGCUGAAAUGCAUUUGGGAUUUCUGUGUGUAUUUGUCAAAAUGUUGCAAGGCUUAACAAAUCAUAACCAGCUAGCGGGAAAAUGAACCAAGAAUGAAUAACUACGCCCCAUGAAUAAAAUAUUAUAACUUGAGUAAAAAUAGGCCCUAAUAUCUGCCACAUGGAAUUCUUAUUAUGAUCUCAUGGACAUAUUUAAAUAUUCAUCAUGUGGAGGUGAAUAUAAAAUGUCUUCAUAAGUGCUCAAAUGUUCCUUUUCCUAUUAUCAUUAGAGUAAGGUGGGUCUUUGUCUUUGCAGAAAAACCAUAGCCUCCUGUCUAGUAACCAGCUUUUGUUGUGUCUUUGGACAACAAUACCAUCAUGAAUAAACAAAUGAGAAGCCUUGAAUUAACAUUAUUUGACCAUGUUGCCUUCAUUAGACAGAGCUGACAUUUUUUAAAUUACCUUCAAUUCAGGUUUGGUUUGUGUUGCAGUCUUCCCCAUUAUCUUCUAGUUAAUUUAAGCUUGUCAGAGAGAAGCCCAUUGAAAACACUAAUCGAUGUUCAGUGCAGCACUAGCCUUCUCGUUUUGGUCAAUUAAAUGGAGAGCAAAAUGAUUCGCAAACAUUCUAAAUGAGUGUGAUUUCAGACAAUACAAAUAUUGUUGUUUGCCUGUGAACAGGUGCUAUGCUGUGGGAACCUGUAACAGCAAACAAAUACAGUUUUAUUGCCUAUCCGAUAACCUUUAAAAACAUAGGGCCAGAUUAAAUCAAAUCCAAAAAACAUAACACAUAGCAGUAUCCAAAUAAAGGCUUUGAUAACCAGUAUGAUAGUGCAAUCCUUAGAAAUACAUUAUUUGCUUGGUCACUCACACCAAAUCUUUAUAAAACGACAUCCAGUUACACUCAUUAAAACAAGUUAAUGCAGCAAUGGAAUGGAUUCUGAAGUAACUUCAAUGGAAUGAGUAAUAACUGGCACCAUCCUCCCCCUAAACUUCCCUCUGCCAUCCAUCAACCUCUGACAGAAGAGAAGAAAGUCAGUGUUGUAAUGAUUCAGGUCCUAGCUCACUACGCAACACUUUUCAACAAAUCGUCUCUGACAAAACUCAGGGUCAAAUGAACAUAAUCUCCACACCACCAAACAUAACUCUGCUGUAGUCUCAGCCAUCAUCCCCACUAUAAAGAAGGGUACUAAACAGACAGUUACAGUUGACAUUUGACUGUGGAUGACUUACACUCAUAUUUCAAUAGCACAGAUACUGUUCCUAAACUGCAUGCUCUCCUGAGUAUUACAGUGCAUUCGGAAAGUAUUCAGACCCCUUUACCUUUUCCACAUUUUGUUAUUUUAAGGCCUUAUUCUAAAAUGGAUCAAAUUAAAAAAAUUCCUCAUCAAUCUACACACAAUACCCCAUAAUGACAAAGCGAAAAUCUUUGCAAAUGUAUUCAAAAUAAAAAACAGAAAUACCUUAUUUACAUAAGUAUUCAGACCCUUUCCUAUGAGACUCGAAAUUGAGCUCAGGUGCAUCCUUCCAUUGACCAUCCUUGAGAUGUUUCUAAAACUUGAUUGGAGUCCACCUGUGGUAAAUUCAAUUGAUUGGACAUGAUUUGGAAAGGCACACAUCUGUCUAUAUAAGGUCCCACAGUUGACAGUGCAUGUCAGAGCAAGAACCAGGCCAUGAGGUUGAAGGAAUUGUCUGUAGAGCUCCGAGACAGGAUUGUGUCGAUGCACAGAUCUGGGGAAGGGUACCCCAACAUUUCUGCAGCAUUGAAGGUCCCCAAGAACACAGUGGCCUCCAUCGUUCUUAAAUGGAAGUUUGGAACCACCAAGACUCUUCCUAGAGCUGGCCGCCCGUCCAAACUGAGCAAUCGGGGGAGAAGGGCCUUGGUCAGGGAGGUGACCAAGAACCCUGAUGGUCACUGACAGAGCACCAGAGUUCCUCUGUGGAGAUGGGAGAACCUUCCAUAAGGACAACCAUCUCUGCAGCACUCCAUCAAUCAGGCCUUUAUGGUAGAGUGGCCAGACGGAAGCCACUCCUCAGUAAAAGGCACAUGACAGCCCACUUGGAGUUUGUCAAAAGGCACCUAAAGGACUCUCAGACCAUGAGAAACAAGAUUCUCUGGUCUGAUGAAACCAAGAUGGAACUCUUUGGCCUGAAUGCCAAGCGUCACGUCUGGAGGAAACCUGGCACAAUCCCUACGGUGAAGCAUGGUGGUGGCAGCAUCAUGCUGCGGGGAUGUUUUUCAGCGGCAGGGACUGGGAGACUAGUCAGGAUCGAGGGAAAGAUGAACGGCGCAAAGUACAGAGAGAUCCUUGAUGAAAACCUGCUACAAAGCGCUCAGGACCUCAGACUGGGGUGAAGGGUUCACCUUCCAACAGGACAACAACCCUAAGCACACAGCCAAGACAACGCAGGAGUGGCUUCAGGACAAGUCUCUGAAUGUCCUUGAGUGGUCCAGCCAGAGCCCGGACAUGAACCCGAUCAAACAUCUCUGGAGAGACCUGAAAAUACCUGUGCAGCGACACGCUCCCCAUCCAACCUGACAGAGCUUGAGAGGAUCUGCAGAGAAGAAUGGGAGAAACGUCCCCAAAUACAAGUGUGCCAAGCUUGUAGCGUCAUACCCAAGAAGACUUGAGGCUGUAAUCGCUACCAAAGGCGCUUCAAUAAAGUACUGAGUGAAGGGUCGGGAUACUUAUGUAAAUUUAAUAUAAACGUUCUUGUUUUUGUUGUUUUUUUGCAAAAAUGUAAAAAAAAAACUGUUUUUGCAUUGUUAUUAUGGGAUACUGUGUGUAGAUUGUUGAGGGGAAAAAACAAUUUAAUCCAUUUUAGAGUAAGGCUGUAACGUAACAAAAUGUGGAAAAAGUCAAUGGGUCUGACUACUUUCCAAAUGCACUGUAUAUAAUCUAUGUGUGAUCUAUGUGACAUUAUAAACUGGGUGGUUCAAGCCCUGAAUGCUGAUUGACAAAAACAUUUGUUUUUACUGUUCUAAUUACAUUGGUAACCAGUUUAUAAUAGCAAUAAGGCACCCCAGGGAUUUGUGGUAUAUGGCCAACAUACCAUGGAUAAUGGCUGUAUCCAGGCACUCUGCAUUGCGUCGUGCAUAAGAACAGCCCUUAGCCGUGGUAUAUUGGUCACAUACCACACCUCCUCGGGCCUUAUUGCUUAAGUAUAGGCUUUGUGAUCUGUUCUAUUAUUUAUUUUCAACUGCAAACACACUUAUCUCAUUCAUAUUCCAUAACCAUGCAUUUUGAGUAUCUACUACAGCAUAUGGAGGGUAGGUCCCAUUGUAUGUAUGUACACAGUGGUCCAUGCAGAGCGUAUUUCAAUACAGCAGUAUGAACAACACAAAUCAGACAUCUUCUGUGAAAUGAAACAUGAAUAAAACAUCAAUUCACAGUUUGUAUUUUCUAACCCUACAUGAGACAUGCUGUAUCGCUAACCUCCUGUGACAGAAUAUGCUUGUGUUCUGUGUCUCUCGCAGUCCCGGGUCAUGAGGGGUGUCUGGUGUUUGGUAUUCUAAAAGGCAAAUCCUGCGUCUUCAUGCAGGGAAGAUUCCAUCUCUACGAGGGCUAUUCACUCUGUAAGGUAAGUCCAAAUACAGUGUCUGACCGAUGAACAGGUAAUAAUAUAAUAAUAUAUGCCAUUUAGUAGAUGCUUUUAUCCAAAGCGAAUUACAGUCAUGCGGGCAUACACUUUACAUAUAUGGGUGGUCCCAGGAAUCGAACCUACUACCCUGACAUUACAAGAUUCAUGUUCUACCAACUGAGCUACAAAAUCAGCUACAAAGGACCACAUACAUUUAGAGACUCCCAAAUGUUACACAUAUCCAUCUAUAUUAUUUUGGUAUAGGCCACAUUUUAAACAUCCAACAUUGACAUUUGCUUUACACUACUACUGUUUCUACUCUUUUACCUUGCUGCUCUACCCUUUGAGAUCAGGGAAACAUCACAUUCAACCCAGUCUCUGCUCAUCUAUAACCCUUACACAUUCCUGUUACGGCGAGACAAAUAUUAAUCACCAGUGUGUGCGCUUUACUUAUAUUAGCCAUCAUAAAGAAGGAAAAGAGUCAAACUAAAUGGGUCCUUUCUUUUGGAACGCUAUGCUAAACACUCUCCAUUGUGGCUCAGCAAGGUCAUGUUAACUGAUGGAGCACUCCUCCUAUUUGUAUAACCGAGAGAGGCUGGCAGCUCCGGCCUUGGCCCAUUAACUUUAUCUGUCACAAUCAGGGAACUGCUGACUCUGCACAAGGCUGUAUAUUUUAACAAACAAAGUUUAGGACAGGGUCGCCACUGAUCUGGGCCCUGUUUCUUAAAAAUAUCCCUUGCAGCAAUGAGGUCAUUGUUGGGUCAUUCGGUGUGAAUUGAACAAAAUGCCAAUGAAAUGUAGUAUUUUUCAGAAACUAGUACAAAGAAAUGUAAUUUAAGAAUGAAGCCAUUUUCUCAAACAGCUUGUAAGGAUGUUGGGCCAAAUGGUGAGUGGAUGAGAGGUAUGUACCAGCAGGCGUUUAUGGCACCUGUGUUGUGACACUUGUCUUGUUAGCAGCAACUUUCUAUAUGUAGGUUUUUGCUUGGUCACGACUUACAGCCCCAGUCAACCAGUCAAUCAGUUGUAGCACUGCAUAUAUAUGAUGUCACUCCAGAGUUAAAUGAGUCCUUUCCUUACACUGUUUUGAUUAAGACAGCAUAAAUGCAACCCUCUCUAGACCCUCUAGACCAGGUCUGCCCAACCCUGUUCCUGGAGAGCUACCGUCCUGUAGGUUUUUGCUACAACCCUAAUCUAGCACACCUGAUUCUAAUAAUUAGCAAGGUUGAUAAGAUUAAUCAGGUUAGUAACACCUGGGGUUGGAGCGAAAACCUACAGGAGGGUAGCUCUCCAGGAACAGGGUUGGGCAACCCUGCUCUAGACCCUUGUUACCCUUGGUAAAUUGCUAUGGAAUCUUCUGUUGUCCGGAGUGGCGAGGGGAAUUCUCAGAGCAAUUGUGACUUUGACAACAUGACAUGAUGUAUUAGAGUCAACCAUCAUGGCUGCCGGACACCGGCACAUUAGUGAUGCACAGGCUUUUUGGGCUUUCACUUAGGGUCACCACAUUGUACCUGUCAAUCAAUAGCACUAGUAAAAAAAAAAGACAUUGCUCAUUCUCAUCCUUGAUUCUGAAUAUUCCAGACAAUAAUUAGUUCCUAUUGACCUAGAUUGCAUUGGACAGCGAAAGUAUAGACAUAUUAUCUAACAGUCUAUGAGAACAGCAGGAGACAGUCUAAAGAUGUGUAAUUAUGAUGAGAUAUGGAAGCAGCAUCUCUACCUCCCAGGUCCUAGACAGUAGACAUGUUAUCAUGUUCUCAUUGACUGUGACCACAGAGGAGGGCUUAGGUUGCAGCCUCGCCAUUGGACAUUCAGAAGUAUCUUACACCGCAAGAGGCUUUGGUGACAGUUUAUAGGGAGAGAGAGAGAACGACAGACCAAAUUAUGCCCUCUAGAUCAAUGGCUUAUCACCUAUGGGCUGUUUCUCAAUUCACCUGUCAAUUCUGUUCAGAUCAGAGUAGAUGUAUGAGAGGAUCAAAAGGAGAGGAAGUAACUUUACACUGUUGAGAUGCAGCCCAUAGGUGAUCACUGUCAUGGUUAGGGUUGCAAAGAGACAGUAUAUUACUGUGAACUUUCUACGUUUACCAUUAAACUACCAGAAUUUUGGUAUCUUUCAAGGAUGUUAUGUAAUCUAUCACAAGACAUCUAGUGGCACUUUUGGGUACUUCAGAUUAUCAAAGGUGUCUGUAACAAUCUCUGGCCCUCUGUGUGGCCAUAUCACAUAAGAUUUUACAAUUUAAAAAACAAUUGAAUGACAAAGCUGUAAACAUUAUCUUAAAUAUAAACCAUGAACUUAGUGUCAAGUGUGGCUCAGUGGGUAGAGCAUGGGUUGUGGGUUCGAUUCCCAUGGGGGACCAGUACGAAAAAGUACGAACAUUUAUGUAUUUACUACUGUAAGUCGCUCUGGAUAAGAGUGUCUGCUAAAUGACAAAAAUGUAAAAUGUAGUGAAUACAAUUGGUAUUUAAUAUGAGGGUUUCAGCAUGAAAUAUCAUUUAUAUAUUUUUUACAAACGUUUAUUUAUUUUACUAUGUCAAUAUGUAUUUGUUGUCAAUGUGUUGCCGUCAAACUGGUUGCAGUUGUGAAAAAAGUAAAUAGUUGGAAGAGUUGCAGACUUCAUUGAAAAUAAUGCCAUUGUUGAUUAGAUGCUUUUUUCAUUAAUUCGGCUAUUUUCUCCUGAACCAUAUGGUCUAUCUACUAGAAACUCAUGGACAAUAUGGACACCGAUAUAAUAAAUGAAUACUUUAUAUGAAUUAAAAAAAAAUGUUAUUCAAGUAUAAAAUACCAAAGUUACAGUACAUUUUCUGUUAAUUAACAAAAUUACAGAAAAUUCCAGUAACUUUGGUAAAUUACCGGUAGCUUUGCAACCCUAGUCACGGUAGAUAGGUUUCCUAUCUUGAGGGCUGACUGAGCAUGCAGCACAACGUGUAAGGUGUUAGAGAAGAACAGGUGUGAUUAAAGUGGAUGUUGGACCGCUUUCCUAUGGCUCAGUACACCAGACAAGGCGACAAAUCGAUUUCUGCUAAAUUUACCAGAGCACAUGCAACCGAUACAGCUGUGGUUUCAUCCUGCCAUCUGCCCGCUCUCUGUCUGUCUCUUUGUCUUUCUCCCUGUCUCUUUCUCCCAUUCUCUCCCUUCUUUUCUCUCUCUCUCUUUCUUAACCACCACCACCACACAAUCUCACACUCUCCACUCUCAUCUCCACACACCUCUCCAUGUCUUCCCUGUUCUGCUCCCUUUCUUUCCCAACAUUAUCAGACAGCAGUCCAGUAUGUGUGACAGGGACACCAGGGUGUCCAUACACUCCAUCAGCCCAGGGACACAUCCAUGAGUCAUUGUAUCUGACACCUCCGACACCAACAUCACACCACUCUCACAAGAGUUUAGGUAAAGACAAAACAAAUACAGACAUGUUGCAGCGAGAAUUCUCAGUCAAUAUCUAGAAGGAGUGGUGAUGCUACUAGUUUGCUACCAAUUGUAUAUCUCCCUUUUCAUACUCCUAUAUUUUAUGAUACACUUUUUUAUUAAUGGUUUUUUUUACAUCAAGUGCCUGGUACAUAGCAGAAAAGCAAUAUGGUUUUGCUUUGUGGAAUCGCAAACACACUCACACAAGUGCUCUCUCCCUCCCUCCCCCCUGAUUUGUAAUCAGGGUGUGAGCUGUUAUCUCUCCUCUCAGUGUGUCGGUAGGAGAUGCAUGGCAAGGUUAAUUAGCUGGCUUGCUUCGUUAGCCCUCCCUGACCUCCUCUCUCUCUGUGAGUGGUGCCUUUCAUACAAACUGCUAGCAUGCAGCUGGAGUUAGCCUUGGCGCUAAUUCUGUAUUGUAUAGUGGCUGUUAUUGGAGCCUGCUGAGUGUUAUUGGCAUGCAUGUUUAAUUAAGAUAAACAUGUAUACACACAAAAACAUCACAUAUCCUAUGCCACACCCAAAUACACAUGGCAGGUGAGGCAAGGACAGACAUGGAGGGAGGGAGGCUAGAAAGGUGAUCUGGCAUUAAUAUAUUCACCAAUUGCCACUCCUAGCUUGCAAGCUGACAGAAAUGUGCAUUUUCAUGAGUCACUGUACACUCACACACUGUUUAUGGAUGUUGCUGGUCUGACUUACAUGUAGGAUCUUAAUUUGAUACAGUUUGCUACAGCAGGAAAAUAACAAGGCAUUUAAAUUCUUAUGUGGAUUAUAUUUAAUGCAAAGAACAAAAAUAGGACAGCACUCUGGUGAAUGAUCUUAAAUAAAAAUAUAUUUAUUGCAGCACUCAAAUACACUACAAGUUAAACAUUUCCUGCAUUUCAGUAAAGUUCUCCUGCAACACAGUGAUCAAAUUAAGAUCCUACAUCUGUACCCUAUUUGGCAUUUCUAUAUCAAGAUCCUGAAUUCAUAAACCCCCCAAAGAGAAGUGAGUGUGACAGAGUUACAAGUUGUGGUUGCAUGCUUGUUGCAGAUUGUAUGCACAUCAUCUUGUGUAUUAUUAGUGCUGGACCAAGAAUGGUCCAAGAGAGGUCAGAGAAUAAUACAAACAUUUUAUGUCUAAUUUCUCAUCUUCCCCUUAAUGGUACAAUAAAGUGUUUGUAACAUUCUCCUCACCUCUCCCCUCCUUUCCUCUCUUCUCUAUUUAUCUCUCCCUCCCUUUCUCUCUAACUCCCUUUUCCUGUUCACUCGUCCACUCCUUUCUCCUCCCCUCCUCUAUACUUAUAUAUUUAUCUUGCUUUCUCUCUCUGACUCUCUUUCCACCUAUAUUUAUCUCCUCUCCCGCUCCAUCUCCCUCCUCUUCUCACCCAGGUCACAUUCCCGGUGCGGAUCUUCAAGCUGUUGGGCGUGGAGACCCUCAUUGUGACUAAUGCCUCAGGGGGCCUGUGUCCGGACUUCAAAGUGGGCGACAUCAUGCUCAUUAAGGACCAUAUUAAUCUGCCAGGCUUCGCCGGCCAGCACCCUCUGUGCGGCCCCAAUGAUGAACGGUACAACCAGAGACAGGGAGACAGAAAGAUUGAGGGAAGAAAGGGGAGACGGGUAGAGAGGGGGAGGUAAGGAGAGAGGGGGAGGGGUGGGGGAGGGCACGGCACCCACUGUGCAGCUCCAAUGAUGAACGAUACAGGCAGAGAGAUGGAGAGAGGCAGGGAAGAGGGACGGGAAGAGGGACGGAGAGAGGGGUGGGGGGUGGGGGAGAGUGGAAGUGGUGGAGGGAGAGUCAGGGAGAGAGGGAGAGUCAGGGAGAGAGGGUGAAAAAUGUAGUAUAGUCUGAAACACGAAGGUGGGAGGAGAGAAGGAAAGAGAGAGGGUUGCAGUCAGUGAGAGAACUGAAAUACUCCCAGGAAGGGGAAGCAGGGGGAGGGAGAGGGAGAGGGAGAGGGAGAGGGAGAGGGAGAGGGAGAGGGAGAGGAAGCAGGGAGAGGGAGAGGGAGAGGGAGAGGGAGAGGGAGAGGGAGAGGGAGAGGGAGAGGGAGAGGGAGAGGGAGAGGGAGAGGGAGAGGGAGAGGGAGAGGGAGAGGGAGAGGGAGAGGGGAAGAAAUACAUACUCUUCAGGUGAUCUAUCUAGCUCAUUAGGUUACAUGGAACCUGUAAUACAUAUUUUCCCUUUACAGCUAGGAGGUUGUAGAUUAAUGACAAAUAUAUUGUAUGUCGACUAGUAAAGUGAUUUCCAAGCAUUGUGCUCAGAGAGCUACAGGUAACUGCCAACAUAAUGGAAACGCUUGAGUAAAUGAGGAAUACAAAGUAUAUUGAAAGCAGGUGCUUCCACACAGGUGUGGUUUCUGAGUUAAUUAAGCAGAUAACAUCCCAUCAUGCUGAGGGUCAUGUAUAAAAAUGCUGGGCAGGCUAUUAUUUUGGCUACCAUGGCUCUGCCCCAAUAGGAUGACAAUGCCCCCAUCCACCGGGCACGAGUGGUCGGUCACUGAAUGGUUUGAUGAGCAUGAAAACAAUGUAAAUCAUAUGUCAUGGCCGUCUCAGUCAUCAGAUCUCAACCCAAUUGAACGGUGCCUGAGACAGCGUUUUCCACCACCAUCAACAAAACACCAAAUGAUUGAAUUUCUCGUGGAAGAAUGGUGUCGCAUCCCUCCAAUAGAGUUCCAGACACUUGUAGAAUCUAUGCCAAGGUGCAUUGACGCUGUUCUGGCUCGUGGUGGCUCAAUGCCCUAUUCAUACACUUUAUGUUGGUGUUUCCUUUAUGUUGGCAGUUGCCUGUAUUCUCUGUAUACUAUCAUAUUACUGUAUUAUAUUACAGUAUUAUUCAUAUUAUUAAUAGUAGCAGAUUAUUGGUAGAUUAGGAGCGAUGCAUUGCAAUAGUAUUUGCUCCAUAUGUCCCAUCGAUAAACCAGUAUUGAUUGGCUGUGCUCUGCUCCAGGUUUGGGAUCCGGUUCCCCUGCAUGUCAGAUGCCUACAGUAAGGACCUGAGGAAGCUAGCUCUGGAUAUCAGUCAUGAGCUGGACUAUACCAACUUUGUGCGGGAAGGGGUGUACUGCAUGGUGAGCGGGCCCAACUUCGAGACCAUCGCUGAGGCACGCAUGUUACAGGUCCUGGGGUGCGACUCUGUGGGUGAGUGGAGACAACACAGGCCUACGGCUACAACCACAAACAGGUUUUCAUCACCAGAACUGGCUAUGACUCGAGCAACAAAUUACAGUUAAUUUUAGGAAAUGGUUCAAUUUAAGUUUAAAGGGACAAUAACUAGAUAUUUAAUACAACUUGUGUUUCAAAAUGCUGGAUCAAGAUCAAGCAUCAACUCAGGAAGGGGAUCUUUUGUCAGAGAUCCAAGUGACCACCAGCCCACAACACGGUUUAACGGCAAUAUAAACACAGACGAGGCUUGCUCACUCUCCUUUUCCCCUUUGUAGUUCAUUAACACUGCUCUAAUUGGACCUCCCUCAUAAAAAAAACCCUGCUGAGCUCGUUAAUAAAUGAUGGUGCUAGCUCUGCUAACAGAGCCGACUCAUGCUAAUUAGCUUAGCGAUUAGGUCAACAGAUAGACCAACAGGCUGCUACAUGCUGUGAUGCUAAUUGGUCUGAUGAUUUGAUCCAGGAUCAAAAUAAAACACAAAUAUCCGUAACAAUGUACAGUGGGCGGAACUAAUGCAUGACCUCUUUCAUUAUCCACUCUCCCUAAGAACAUGUAUUUUGCCGGCUUAUUACCUUAAGAGCUUGUUGUUGUUGUAGCCAAGCGAUGACAAAGCAAAGCCAUUUUGGUUCCUUGUUUUGGUGACCUAUUGCGUUAUUACUCCUGUGAGUGUUAUCUUUAAUGUGAGAGUCUAAUUCAGGCCUGCCAAUCCAUCAUUUCUUAUAUGGUGUUUUUUCUUUACCAUGCUUGAGUUUCAGCUUAGUGGAGGCUGUGUUUGAGUGUGUCCUUUGGUUUAAUAAGUAUUUUGAAAUGUUAUGCUUUUUGGUUAUGCCUGUAAAACAUGUUCCGUCCUUGCAUUCGUACAGUAUGUGCCUGUGAACGUUGUAUCCAUGUUUUUAGCAUGGUUUUAAUGAUGUGUGAGAUCUGGCCUGUGUUCCCAUAAAAUACUAACAGUGGGAAUGGGACCAAAGUUCAGGACCAAAGCUCAGGGAAUGGGACCAAAUCUCAGGGGGCAAUACACAGAGGGGGUUAUUAAUGAUGCAGCAUACUAUAACCACCUCUCCACACACACACAUACACACACCCAUGACCCAGUGCCACCCACAUCCCCCGUUGGAUGUUUUUCAAUUUCCAUGUAUUUUUUCUCUGCCCCUCCCCUCCCCUCACCCUCCCACCCCUCUCUCUGCCAACCUCUGCUCCUGUCCCCGUCUCCACUCCCCACCCCAUUUCCUCUACCCCAUAGGCAUGAGUACGGUCCCAGAGGUGACAGUGGCCAAGCACUGUGGCCUGAGGGUCUUUGGUCUCUCUCUCAUCACCAACAUGGUAUUGAUUGACUUCUCUUAUUGCUGUAUAUCGUUGUAUGUACCUUAUCUGCACACCCUGUGAACAGCUCAGCAUUUCUAUUCUGUCAUCUGUUGACUAGUUAUUGAGUAUGGUACAGGAGCAUCUUGAUGUAUUUUUAUUAUCAUUGUGAAGGUCUCCCUGGACUACAGCCGUGAAGAGAAGGUGAACCAUGAGGAGGUCCUGGAGAUCAGCAAGAUGAGGGCGGAGCAUCUGCAGAUGAUGCUCAACACGCUUAUCGCCCGUUCCCACCAGCUGGACGAGGGUAUCAACGUCAACUGAAGGAGGGGGGAUGGAGAUAGAGAAAGAGACAGGCAGAGAGACAUACUCAAAUGUUGAAGGACACUCUCUGUCCCACACAGACACACACACAGAAAUGUACACACACAUGUGCAUACAUGCACACGUACAUACCAUUCACCUUGAAUAUUUACAUAAAUCAACCACCCAUGAUGAAAGAAUUUAGUCAAUUUUUCUAGUUUAAUAAAAUAUUCUAGAG